UUUCUUUCCUCCAGCAUCCCCGCCCCUCCUCCUCCGGCCGCCACCAGUUACGUUCGGCCAGUUCCGUUCGUGCGGCGACGUCCACGCAUUUUUUGACGUAGCGAGCGACGGCGGGGAGCGGAGCGGAAGUCCAGCACGGUUGCCGCUAGAGGAGGGAGGGGUGAGAAGCGUAAGUGGGACCGGAAGUGGAAUUAAUCCGCUUACCUAUCCGGCGCCUGCGAAACAGAAAAGAGAAGGCGCCUGUCGGGCGGGGUGUGGCUUCGGGUGGCGGAGGACGCUGCGAUUGGCCCUCGGCUGUGGCGACAGCGACGAUUGGUCCCUGCGUGCAGAGCGCGGUGAGAGCGGGUGGCGGCCGUUGGAAUUCAAAAGUGGCGGGUGUGGCGCGGGGCUGGUAGCGGCCGGAGCCGCGCGAGUUCUCUACCCUGCUUCGUGAGCGGGCAAGAGAACGCGAAUCCCAGGAUCCCCGGAACCCAGAUCUUUUCCACUGCAUUCCCCCGGCGCGUGUGGGACCGAGGUGGACAUGGAUCCGCAGAGGUCCCCGCUGUUGGAAGUAAAGGGGAACAUAGAACUGAAGAGACCUCGGAUUAAGGCCCCUUCCCGGCUGCCUCUCUCAGGAAGCAGACUCAAGAGGAGGCCUGACCAGAUGGAAGAUGGCCUGGAGCCUGAGAAGAAACGGACAAGAGGCCUGGGUGCAACGACCAAAAUUACCACAUCCCACCCAAGAGUUCCAUCCCUCACUACAGUGCCACAGACACAAGGCCAGACCACAGCUCAAAAAGUUUCCAAGAAGACAGGACCCCGGUGUUCCACAGCUAUUGCCACAGGGUUGAAGAACCAGAAGCCAGUUCCUGCUGUUCCUGUCCAGAAGCCUGGCACAUCAGCUGUUCCUCCCAUGGCAGGAGGGAAGAAACCCAGCAAACGUCCAGCCUGGGACUUAAAGGGUCAGUUAUGUGACCUAAACGCAGAACUAAAACGCUGCCGUGAGAGGACUCAAACAUUGGACCAAGAGAACCAGCAGCUUCAGAACCAGCUCAGAGAUGCCCAACAGCAGGCCAAGGCCCUGGGGACAGAGCGCAGGACACUGGAGGGGCAUUUAGCCAAGGUACAGGCCCAGGCUGAGCAGGGCCAACAGGAGCUGAAGAACUUGCGUGCUUGUGUCCUGGAGCUGGAAGAGCGGCUGAGCACGCAGGAGGGCUUGGUGCAAGAGCUUCAGAAAAAACAGGUGGAAUUGCAGGAAGAAAGGAGGGGACUGACGUCCCAACUAGAGGAGAAGGAGAGGAGGCUGCAGACAUCAGAAGCAGCCCUGUCAAGCAGCCGAGCAGAGGUGGCAUCUCUGUGGCAGGAGACUGCGGCCCAGGCAGCCCUACUGGCUGAGCGGGAAGAACGUCUUCACGGGCUAGAAAUGGAGCGCCGGCGACUGCACAACCAGCUGCAGGAACUCAAGGGCAACAUCCGUGUAUUCUGCCGGGUCCGCCCUGUCCUUCCGGGGGAGCCCACUCCACCCCCCGGCCUCCUCCUGUUUCCCUCUGGCCCUGGUGGGCCCUCUGAUCCUCCAACCCGCCUUAGCCUCUCCCGGUCUGACGAGCGGCGUGGGACCCUGAGUGGGGCACCAGCCCCACCAACUCGCCACGAUUUUUCCUUUGACCGGGUAUUCCCACCAGGAAGUGGACAGGAUGAAGUGUUUGAAGAGAUUGCCAUGCUUGUCCAGUCAGCCCUGGAUGGCUAUCCAGUAUGCAUCUUUGCCUAUGGCCAGACAGGCAGUGGCAAGACCUUCACAAUGGAGGGUGGGCCUGGGGGAGACCCCCAGUUGGAGGGGCUGAUCCCUCGGGCCCUACGGCACCUCUUCUCUGUGGCCCAGGAGCUGAGUGGUCAGGGCUGGACCUACAGCUUUGUAGCAAGCUACGUAGAGAUCUACAAUGAGACUGUCCGGGACCUGCUGGCCACUGGAACCCGGAAGGGUCAAGGGGGCGAGUGUGAGAUUCGCCGUGCGGGGCCAGGGAGCGAGGAGCUCACUGUCACCAAUGCUCGAUAUGUCCCUGUCUCCUGUGAGAAAGAAGUGGAGGCCCUGCUUCAUCUGGCCCGCCAGAAUCGGGCUGUGGCCCGCACAGCCCAGAAUGAACGGUCAUCACGCAGCCACAGUGUAUUCCAGCUACAGAUUUCUGGGGAGCACUCCAGCCGAGGCCUGCAGUGUGGGGCCUCCCUCAGUCUUGUGGACCUGGCCGGGAGUGAGCGACUUGACCCUGGCUUAGCCCUCGGCCCUGGGGAGCGGGAACGCCUUCGGGAAACACAGGCCAUUAACAGCAGCCUGUCCACGCUGGGGCUGGUUAUCAUGGCCCUGAGCAACAAGGAGUCCCAUGUGCCUUACCGGAACAGCAAACUGACGUACCUGCUGCAGAACUCUCUGGGUGGUAGUGCUAAGAUGCUCAUGUUUGUGAACAUUUCUCCACUGGAAGAGAACGUCUCCGAGUCCCUCAACUCUUUACGCUUUGCCUCCAAGGUGCGAUUACCACCAAUCAAUCCCAGGCCUUGUCAGGACCCAUGGGUGCUUGUAGGCUUCUCCAUUCCUAUCCCUUCUGUCUUCUAGGGCAGGGAGCACAUUUGUCCAGAAAGGUUUUACAUUUGCAGGCAUCUGAGGCAGUACUCACCAUGGUUCCAUUUUUAAUUAUUAGCUUUUGAGUUAAGUUUUUUAAAAAACAGGUGAUUAAUUUAACCUGAGAAAGCUGAUUGAAAAAAAAAAAAGAAAAGGUGACUGACUAAAAGGUCUAAACUGGUUGGGCGCAGUAGCUCACGCCUGUAAUCCGAACACUUUGGGAAGCCAAGACAGGAGGAUUGCUUGAGCCCACGAGUUUAAAAUCAGCCUGGGCAACAUAGUGAGACCUGUCUACAAAAAACAGGAAAAUUAGCUGGGUGUAGUGGCUCACACCUGUAGUUCAGCUACUCAGGAGGCUGAGGUGGGAGGAUCACCUGAGCCUGGGAGGUAGAGGCUGCAGUGAGCCAUGAUCCUACCACUGCACUUCAGCCUGGGUGACAGAGCAAGACCUUGUCUCAAAAAACAAAACACACAAAAUAUCCCUAAGAUUCCUCCCUAUCAGCAUACAGAGAUCAUUCCAUUAUUUUUAGGUCUGCCUAGGACUCCACUAUGUAGUUGCACCAAAAUUUAUCCACCAGUUCCCUCUACUGGACACUUGGAUUGUUUCCACCCUUUUUUAGUUACAAACAAGGCCACGUUGACUAACUUUGUACAUACAUCAUUUUGUAUUUUUUCAGUUACAUCUAACCAGGGAAAUAGUCCUUGAAAUGGGAUUACUGGAUCAAAGGCUUACAGGUUUUUCAGACUGUUCCAAAUAGUGUGAAUUCAGACUCCAAACUCCAUGAGGAUCAGCCAGUGGCCAUAUGAAUUCUCAUGUAUGAGAAUUCCUUCCACUAGAAUCUCCUCCCACUAGUGUUAAGCAAGUCAGAAAAUUUCCUUACUGUCUGCCUCUACGGUAAUUUUUUUCUCUGGUUCACCCUCCUCCUGAGUGUCUAGCCCUUUAAUGGGCUCUGGCUUUAUUUGAGGUCUGAUCAGGUCUGUCCUGCUGUGCGCUUGGGCCUCCUCCCAAUCAGCACUGAUUGUCGCUGUAGCCAGCACCUGCACCCUGAUCUGGUAUUCUAAGUUCAAUUUUAGAGGGUGGUGAUGUUUUUUCUAAUUUUUAUUAAUGUUAUACCAAUGUAACAUCCAACAACAUGAACUUUAAUAUCCUCUAAUACCCAGUUUAUGUUAAAUUUCACCCAACUGUCUCAGAAGUGUCUUUUAUACCUAAUAGGUUUGUUCAAAUCAGGAUCCAGGCAAGGGCCACCCACUUGAUUGAAAUGUCUCAAGUUCCACAACCCUACCCCACACUGCCACUAUUAUGUCAUUUGUUUGUUGAAGGUCAUUUGUCCUAUCGAAUAUACUAUUCUGGAUUUUG